GGGCCUGUUCUAAAAGCAGACGAAUUCGUGCCGUCGCUCGUCCCGUUGCUGCAGCAGUCAGCUGUAGGCGUGAUCCAGAGUGCUUCCGUGGUGGCUGCAACGCUGGCUCGCUCCCACCCAUUCAUUUAACGAUGGCAUCCACCGUUCUCCAGCGAUGUCGGAUCCACCGGCUUACAAAAACACACAAGCGGUUGCAACUGGCCUGUGCAUCAAGGGUGCGCUGUCUGACGUUUUCCCAACAUGUCGAUGAAUUCAACGUGGUCAACGAACCCAUGCUGACCUAUCUGCCAGGAAGCAAAGAGCGACAGGCAUUGCAGGAUGCUUUGAACGAGCUCAAGGACACGUGCACCGAAGUGCCCAUCGUAGUUGGUGGCAAGGAGAUCAGGACCUCAGAAGCACGUUACCACACUGCGCCUUUUGAUCAUUCAAAAAAGGUGGCAAAGUACUACUGGGCAUCAAAGGAGACGAUCCAAGAUGCAAUCGGCGUUAGCCUCAAGGCCCGCGAGGAGUGGGAGGCCAAACCACUCAACGACAAGGUCAAGCUCUUUCUCCGCGCAGCGGACCUUGUUGGCAACAAGUACCGGUACAAGCUGAACGCUGCCACCAUGUUGGGACAGGGAAAGACUGUUUUCCAGGCUGAGAUUGACUCUGCAGCAGAACUCGCAGAUUUCCUGAGGUUCAAUGCCUACUUUGCCAAAGAGCUCACUAAGUACCAGCCCAUCUCUACUGACCCCAAAGUCACCGUGAACCACUAUCGGCAACGGGGGCUUGAGGGUUUUACAACAGCUAUUUCUCCUUUCAACUUCUCAGCCAUUGGAGGCAACCUGGCAUCAGCACCAACGUUAAUGGGCAACGUUGUUCUAUGGAAGCCCUCGGACGCAGCUGUCCUCUCAAACUACUUCAUCUUCAAAAUCUUUGAAGAGGCUGGCUUCCCACCUGGAGUCAUAAACUUCCUGCCCUCCGAGGGGCGUGCCUUCGGAGACGUCACGUCGGCAUCCCCACACCUUGCCUGUGUCAACUUCACGGGCAGCGUCGCGACAUUCCGGACAAUAUGGAAGCAGGUGUCCCAGAACUUGGACAUAUACACAAACUUUCCAAGGCUAGUAGGAGAGUGUGGUGGCAAGAACUUCCACUUUGUGCAUCCCUCCGCCGACCUUUCCACCGUGGUUGCACAGACGACGCGAUCUGGUUUCGAGUACAGUGGCCAGAAGUGUUCAGCUGUGGAGAGGUUGUAUGUUCCCAGCAGCCUGUGGCCCAAGCUCAAGGAGCAAUUGGUGGAAGCUCAGAAGAGCCUGAAACUGGGCUCGCCUCUGGAGUUCGACACCUUCACCUCGGCAGUCAUCGACAGGGCAGCCUUUUCCAAGAUAACUGGUUACUUGCAGCAUGCCAAGAACAGCUCCAACCUGAAGGUUCUUGCUGGUGGUGAUUCCGACGAUAGCCAGGGCUUCUUUGUGCAACCAACCAUCUUGGAGACUUCUGACCCUCACGACAGGAUCAUGAAGGAGGAGAUCUUUGGGCCGGUGUACACAGCAUACGUCUACCCAGACAGCGAGGUUGACAAAUGCCUUGCCCUGGCGCGUGACACAGCCCCCUUCGGCCUCACGGCAUCAGUCUUUGCGAGGGACGAAAAGUUUCUGAAGUCAGCGUGCGAGUACCUCAAGAUGACAGGUGGCAACUUUUACGUCAACGAUAAGUCGACUGGAGCUGUUGUCGGACAACAACCAUUUGGAGGAGCUCGUAUUUCCGGCACCAAUGACAAGGCUGGGGGUCCUCACUACUUGCUUAGGUUCAGCUCGGCGCAAACCAUCAAGGAAACCAAGGUUCCACUGACCGACAUUAAGUAUCCCUACAUGACCAGCUCGUAAUGUUUUGAACUCAUUCAGCGUGGCGCAUCAUCAAGCCUAGACCAACUUCAUCCAUGGGGGCACCUUUGUACUGACGGUUAUUGUUUUUAUGGAGAACUUUUAUACUAUAUAUCUGGACACCAGACUAGGUGUAUCGAAUUGUCGUUAUGUGCGCACCAAGUGUUAAGCCGCAGCUCAUUUGUGGCUCUUGGUUUAGAAUGUUCACUUUGCUGUGUUGCAUAUCACAGAAUACAAAAUAGUGUGGUCUUGUGUGUUUUAUGUGGCAUUACAGCUUGAAAUGGCUUCCAUACUGCUAGCAGUUUCAAGAUCUGGCCUCUCGUCACAACAAAGAUGACGGUGAAAGAGAUACUGAUUCUUGUGUGUACGUAUUAUGGUUAUUAAUAACUUUAUACUAGUAAGAGACGAAAAGUUUGCUGGUGAUUAUACAUCAUGCCAGAGAGAGAGAGAGAAAGCUCUUUAAUGAAAAACAGAUAAUUCUCUCCGCAUAUACGUACAAGGCACCUACAUAGUGCCUUGUAUGUAUAUGCCUUGUAUGUAUAUGGGAUGAGGAUUAAGGACUGAAAGGCCCAAGGAGGAGGAGGAGGGAAGGAAAAGAAAAGAAAGAAAAAAAUUUGAUUGUGAUACCUGCAUUUCUCCACAUAAUAGUGAUCAUGUAAGUUAUGUUACAGUUUUAUCUAUUAGGGUAAUGUCCUCUAGAAAUCUGAACGGAAGUUUCAAGUUGUGACUUUGCUAAUAAAAAGAAGCAGGUCCGAGUAUUUUCCAAAGAUAUUUCCCUUUAGCACUUGAUUAAAAGUUCUUUGUGUCUAUUUAUUUAUUCGUAGUAUAACGCCGCUGGCUUCAUUUUUGUGGUGCUUGAUGAGGUUCAUAUAUAGUCACACAGCACAGAAUUAUAGAGAGACAAACACAUCAAAGUAUUGAAGUGAUUGCGCAUGAACGCUCCAACUCUACUCACUCAACUCAUCUCUUGGAGCAAUGAAAAAUGGUAUCUGCUAAGUGAUGUCAUUAAACUGUUUUGUAUGUUUUUAAGUAGCAGUAAGGCUUUGUCAUAUGGUAGUAGUUUUGAGUGUCUCCUAGCGAGAAACAGCAGCAAAAGUGCCUAAUUUACAAUUAUUUUGUUCUAGAGAAUGCUGAAUUUAGUUCAGAGCAUAUCAGCCUACUUCACUAGGCUUUCUACAAUUUUUUUUUUCUUUUUAGUGCUCAAUCACUGAAGAGCGUUUCAACUUGGUAAAACUGCACAUUUCUGAAACUGGUAUGCCUAAUCUUUUGUCAGACUGCACAGUAUUUCACCAGCGUCAAUUCUUGGUGCUGGCCAUUGCAUGCAUUAUUCUUGGAGCUGGGCAUUCUACGUUGUCUGUAAACACCAAAAUCACUUGAAGAAAACUUCGAUACGAUAUGUUUUUUUGAGCAAUAUUUGUGCUGCAUGCUUUGACAAUAUUGUGUUUUGUGCUGCACUGUAGUUUUGUGCUUUCUUGUAAUUCAACUCUUGACAUGUGCGACUGAGCAGUGAAAUGUUUUGGGCUCACCUGCUCUUUCUGCGAAGCAAUAUAUGCCGGUGACCAGAGAGGCUAUUUUCAAUUCUUGUACAUUGUCACAGGGACAUGUGUGUAUGUUCUAGUUCAGCAUAGUCUGCUAGUGCACUGUGUUCAAAAACAUAUGCAUCAUGAAUGCAAGAAAUAGCCGUAUAAGGUUUGUUUUGUUAGAAAAUCUUGCUACAUAAACGUGGAUCAUAUGGAUCAUG